GCAGGGAAGUAAAACAAAAGCCUCACGUCUCAGGAUAUUAACAUCUCCAGUGACCCCAACCAAAGUAAUUUCAUGGCGAUUUCGACGUUUCCCUCUCCCACCACCUCAUCCAACCUCGCCUCGACUCACUCUACGAGAGCUCACACACAGAGAAGUAACCUCUGGCCAUGCGACUCUGGUUCUCUGCAAUCUCCCUCUCCAGAGAGGACUCCUUGAGUUUUGUUCAAAUCUCCGCUUCAAUACUGUUUGAUUGUACGAAUUCUGCAAUAGAUGUCCGCCGAUUCUCAUGCCCCUAGUCCCAGGGGUCUUCUCUGCAAUGCCGGCGCAGGGGCGGCUGCCGGAGUCAUCGCUGCAACAUUUGUGUGUCCCUUAGAUGUCAUCAAGAUUAGAUUUCAGGUGCACGGGCUGCCGAAGCUCGAUAAUGGAAGUAUUAAAGGAAGUCUCAUAGUGGGUAGUUUGGAACAAAUAUUCCAGAAGGAAGGGCUACGUGGCAUGUACCGGGGCCUGGGUCCUACUGUGCUGGCAUUGCUUCCUAAUUGGGCGGUUUAUUUUUCAAUAUAUGAGCAGCUCGAAAGCCGUCUUUCUUCUAAUGAUGAGAAUCAUCUUUCAGUUGGUGCUAAUGUGAUAGCUGCAUCUGGUGCUGGUGCUGCAACCACUAUUUUCACAAAUUCUCUUUGGGUUGUAAAGACAAGACUUCAAACCCAGGGAAUGAGAGCAGGCGUGGUUCCAUAUAGGAGUACUCUGUCUGCUUUGGGGAGAAUUGCUCAUGAAGAGGGUAUUCGUGGGUUAUACAGUGGUCUUGUGCCUGCAUUGGCUGGCAUCAGUCACGUUGCCAUUCAAUUUCCAACAUACGAGAAGAUCAAAUAUCAUUUGGCCAGUCAAGAUAAUACUACAAUGGAUAAACUAAGUGCACGUGAUGUUGCUGUUGCCUCAUCUGUCUCAAAAAUAUUUGCUUCCACAUUGACAUAUCCACAUGAGCAUCCUUCCUUCUCUUCUCCCUCUCCACGGUUUGCCAUAAGCCUCCAUCUCCAGCGCAAAUCUUCUUCUCCAGCAUACUCAUCUCUAUUCUCAUCUCCUUCCACCGUAAUCAGAUAUGGAAGAAAAACGCAACCGUCAUGACCGCCGUGAUUAUAUUUUACCCGGUCCCAAUGAGCCAUCGUUGCUAUAUGGACAGGCCGAACAUCGGUCUGAGGCUAUAUGGCAACAGACUAUAGAAAGUGGAGCGAUAGAUUGCCGAAGAACGGGUACAAUUUUACAUUUGGACGAUAUUCCAGAUCAAAUAAUACCUCACCUGCGGCAGACGGGUUUUUAUGGCGUAAUACAGUUAUGUUUUUUUGCAUUGGAUUGACACUUAAUUACGGCCCUUGUUGAGCGUUGGCGACCAGAGACACAUAUAUUUAUGUUUUCCAAAGGGGAUAUGACCAUAACCCUUCAGGAUGUGGGGCUAAUAACCGGGUUGCCGGUUAAUGGUGCAGCAGUAACAGGCUGAUCACGCCACCAUUGGCCAUCAGUUUGUGAGGCAUUAUUAGGUGUCGUUUCACCUAAUAAUGCCAUAAGAGGGUGUUAUCUGAAAAUGAACUGGCUAGCUGAGGAGUUUAGUCAACUUCUAGAUGAUGCUGAUGAGAAAGUUGUACAUAGGUUCGCAAGAGCAUACAUUAUGAGGGUCAUUGGAUCCAUUUUUAGUGAUACAUCUGCUUUGCGUCUAGCCGAUCUUGAAGAAGCCGGCAAUUAUAGCUGGGGUGGGGCAUGUUUGGCAUGGUUGUAUAGACAGUUAUAUAAACGACAAAUUCUGAAGUUAUGCAGAUGGUUGGUCCCUUAUUCAUAGUUCAGAUAUGGGCAUGGGACCGGAUCACAGCAGUAUCGCUGGCACUGUUCAACAGAGUACCACAUCAUGAUGCUCCAUUAGGCAGCAGGUGGAGUAAUGCCAGACAUAUAACGGAGGUUGUCACCCACGUACUCCUGGAGUUGCGUUAUCAGCUUGAUAGAUUAUUACCCGAGCAGGUAAUUUGGGAGCCGUACACUGAUGCCCUGAUUCAGUCGCUACCCAAAUAUUGUCGCCAAGGAUGAGAAAUUUGGAUGGCUGUUGUCCCACUAAUCUGCUUUCAUAUUGUAGAGUGGCAUCAGCUGGAUCGGGUCAUGCGACAGUUUGGAAUGCAGUAGCAUAUUCCUGCUGAACCUCAACAGUCUGCUGCACUCCAUGAUGUUGAUUUGCGGAAGAGCGACACAAACUGGGCAGAAGUGCACUCUCACUGGAUCGCGCGCUGGAACACUUGGGAUAGAAGAAUAAUAACUGGCCCGCCAGCAAUAGAGCCACUCAAUUUCCAUUCAGAGUAUAUAGAGUGGUACCGUAGGGUGUCCAGAUGCUAGAUUUCAGUUAAGGGAGCGGCAAUGGGAACGAGGGAGAUGGUCUGGAGCACAUGUACGCUAUUGCUACCAAUUCUACUACUGGGAGCAUGACAGCUAUGUUCGACCUCAUAUAGUCUGUUUCUUUCUGUAUGAUGGAGGAGAGGCGGCAAACACAAUUGCCAGCUCCACAUCCAGCACCUGUUGCACCGCUCAACAUGGAUGACUCAGAUGACCCGCCUAUCCCAGAUUCCUUUUCACGUGCUAGUAGGGGGAUAACUCUUGGACAUGAUAGGGGCCGUAGAAGGGAUCACACCCAAACAGAACAAGGUGAUAGGGAUGUGCAUCCAGUGCCCCCCUAUACAGUAUCAUCAGUCACAAGGAUUACACGAAGAUGCUCCAAGCUCAUCUCAGGUAUCUUCUAUGUUUUAUCCUUCACAUAGUCAGUUCAUGGGUUGGACGCUUGGACCACAUACAAUGUCUUCAUUUAGUCUCGGUGCGUAUGGUGUACCAUAUAUGCCAAUAGGAUCAGUGUUUCCUGCAUUUGUUUCAGAGCAUGCGCCUGAGCCUUCAACUUCGAGACAGUUUUACAUGUCAGGCGGAAGUACAGAGAAUAUGUUUGCAGGAUAUAACGCUGGAUUAGGAUAUGGCCAGACUGGUGUCGGUCAUUUUGGUCAGUCCGAUUCUUUUGGUGCUGUGGUGCAGAAUCCAAAUGUCAAUGCGCCGACACAGGAUGAUGUGGAUCCUCAACAGUUCUUAGCGUCGGGACCAUGGCGAGGUCGCUUGCAGGCUCCACAUGAGAGGAUGCAUCGAGGAUGUGGCACUGGUAAUCAUAACUGACUGUUGCAAUUACACAUGAUAGGUUCUUCUUGGGCACUUGAGGUAGCUGCUUCUUAGUUUAUUCCACAUGUGAAAUUGAUGCAUGUUCAGAUGAUAUUGGUGUGAAGAUGAAAAUGACUGCUGACAAUGAAAUGGGUUAGGAAAAGACUGAUAUUGUCGAUCAAGCCUUGUAAUUUUAAUAUUUAGCAGAGUUGAGUAGUUUUUUACAUAUUGAAUUGAUUUUGCCAUUUUUCCAUGUGAAUAACGUUAGGAAUUUGUAACCUUAUGCUUUGGUAUUAUUCUGUUAUGCUUUAUGUUUUGAUGCUUUUGCAUGAAUGGUUUGAUUUCAUCCA